AUGCACACCAUCUUCACUGAACACCAGAACGCGUACAACCGCUACGGGGGCGGCUAUUCUUCGGCCGCCGCGGCGGCCGCUGUGACCGCCACCGCGAACCCCUACGCCUACGAACAGUAUUCCCGCUAUGGCUACGCCGCCGCUUGGCAUCACCAGCAACAUUCCCUCAGCACCGCCAAGGACAUGGUGAAGCCGCCUUACUCAUACAUCGCCUUGAUCGCAAUGGCCAUCCAGAACGCCCCCGACAAGAAAAUCACCUUGAACGGCAUCUACCAGUUCAUCAUGGAGCGCUUUCCUUACUACCGCGAGAACAAGCAGGGAUGGCAGAAUUCCAUCAGGCACAACCUGAGCCUGAACGAGUGCUUCGUGAAAGUACCCCGCGACGACAAGAAGCCCGGAAAAGGAAGCUACUGGACUUUGGACCCCGACUCGUACAACAUGUUCGACAACGGCUCGUACCUCCGCCGUCGGAGACGGUUCAAGAAGAAGGACGCCCUUAGGGAGAAGGAGGAACUAGCGAAACGGCAACAGAUGCAGUCCGAUUCUCCAGCAUCGUUAUCCAAACGGGACGAUAAACCUUUGGAGGAUUCCAAAAAUAAAUUGGAAUGCAAGCCGAAGAGGGAACCCAACACCGAACUGAGUCACUGUAUGAGCGCGAAAUACGGCGAUCCGAAAUCGGUGAUAGUUCAUCAAGACCACAUCAUGAGUGACGUGACGGCAUCCCUCCAAGCCAUGGAUACGGCGGCUGCCUUUAGCGUGGACAGUUUAAUGACGACGAGGGACCAAGCCAUCAGCUACCCCAACUCGACACGGUUACAUUCUUCCGGAGGUAUGUACUCAUAUUGCCCUAGCGCGACGCCCCAGCACCAGUACAGCAUAGCAGAUGAGGCCGCUCCUCGUUACAGUCCCUGGUACAGCCCGGAAACGUCACCGGAGUCGGCGACGACCGCUUCGGGUUACAGAGACAUUAUUUUUGAUAACAGUGCCGCCCCUAGUUGUCAGUUAGCAGGUUUCAGGCAUGCGGGGGUGUCCCCUAGUCCCCCCAACUACAGAACCCCCGCAACGACGUACUACCAACCCGACUGCGUGGGGCAGAAAUACUGAGGGUACGGGUUUUUAGACGCUGUAAAUAUAAAGACUGAUAUUUGAAGUUUCUGUGCAACCUGAACUGUUAUCGAAUCCGUUGGUGUAGAAUGCGUCGCGAAUGUUAGUUGUUUACCGGACCUAGAGAGAAAUUGUUCAUGAAGGACACUAGUUGUACCUAUAGUAGCUUAGCCAAGUACCCAUAUAAACAUAAAUAUCUAUAUUCAAACUGUUCUUUUAUUUCGUGACGAUUCUUGUCCAUCGUUGAUGGCAGCUGAUUUUGUUUGUAUGUGAUAAUAAUUGUUAAUGAUCUUGUACAUUAAAUUUAUAUUUUUAUUAGGAAUGGUUGCAUUACACUUUCGCUUAUGUUCCUACUAUUUAUUUACCCAUUCCUCUCACGAAUAAAAAAUUAAUGCAUUUAAGGUUGUUCUCGUAUUUAUAGGGUUAAUAACGUGUGCGAUGUACAUAUUUAUUUGUAAAAUAUGUAGAUGUAUAACUGUAUGUAU